AUUUUCAUUGAAAUAUUAGAUAUAAACGACAAUAUACCGACAUUCAAAGAGCACUCGAUUAAAAUAGAGAUGGCAGAAUCGACACCGCCCAGCACUCGGUUUCAAUUACUUCCCGCACACGAUGACGACGUCGGUUCAAAUUCGCGCCUCAAGUACUCUUUAUCCUCAACGAGCGACGACAACUUGUACUUAACAACAACAAAACAUUUCGAUAGAGAAACGAUCGACAGAUACGAUCUAGAAGUUAUCGUCUCUGACAACGGAACUCCUCGACUAUCAUCAACACUACAGGUUGAGAUUCGAAUCUUGGAUAUCAACGAUAAUCCGCCGGUAUUUUAUAACGAUACUUAUCGAUUCUACGUUCUUGAAAACACCACAAUCGGUGCUCUAAUCGGCCGAAUAUCGGCCUACGAUUUAGACGACGGUGUAAACUCAAACAUCACAUACAAGUUACUUCAUUUAAACAUUAUCGGCAAUGCACUGAGAACCGUUAACAGUAAUAUCAUAUCGAUAGAUGCGGUGAACGGUGAUGUGUUACUCGAAUCGGUAUUAGAUUACGAGUCGGAUAAAUACUAUCACUAUACGGUCGAAGCCUCUGAUUGCGGCGUACCGACGUUGAGUGCAUACACACAGGUAUCCAUCCUCGUUCAAGAUUCCAACGAUAACUUUCCGCAUAUAUCACUG